AUGGCAAACGACGCAUCCGUCACGAGAGUUUCCAAGGACGAUGUGAGCGUCACGAUGAUAGAUGACCUCAAGCAGAUACCAUCAAUCCCAAUUGAUCUCGACGAUCCGCACCGUGGUGCCUUGGAGGACAAUCCUGAACAUGCAGAAAGGCUCUCCGGUCGAUUGGUCCUUGCUGUCAUCUCUUUGUGCCUCUCAUACGUCUGUCCGAUAUCAUGCGGCUUCAUCAUGCCCUCGGCCAUCCUGGUCCAAAUCGGCACGGACCUCGGAGACACGAUCAACAUCACUUGGAUUGUGGGAGGUUGGUCCAUCGCAUCGUCCGUUUCGUUCUCGAUCGCUGGCAGCUUGAGUGACAUCUUUGGACGUCGAUACACUGUCAUUAUUGGCGAGGUUCUCGCCAUCGUCGGCUCUGUCAUUGCGUGUACAUCGAAGACCACGCUGAAUGUCGCCGCUGGUUCGACGGUCAUUGGAUUCGGCUGCGGCAUCAUCUUCGUGUCGUACGCGGGCAUAUCGGAGCUCCUGCCAAACAAAUGGCGCGGCACGGGCAUCGGUCUCACAGAAACAUGCAUAACAAUCCCAUGGUCCACCGCCAGCGUCCUGAUCGCAUCGACCCUAAAUUCUCGAACAGCAGCCGGCUGGCGCUGGUGCUACUACAUCGGCAUUACAUACGGAGUCAUCAGUCUGGCCGGCACAGUCGCCUUCUACUUCCCGCCCAAACGACCACAGUACGACUUUGACCGGACGAGAUGGCAACAAAUACGGGAGAUCGACUACAUUGGCUGUGCGCUAUACGCCACCGGUCUGACUUCAUUCCUGAUCGGACUCACAUGGGGAGGCCAAGCCAACCACCCUUGGAAGGGUGCUUCCGUCCUGGUCCCGCUGGUCCUUGGAGUCUUCCUGCUGAUCGGCUGUUUCGCCUACGACUUCACGCUCGCCAAACAGCCCUUCUUCCCGCGGAAGCUGUUCUCGCAGUUCCGCGAGUAUACACUCCUGCUGGUCAUCGUCUUCGUGGCGGGAAUGAUGUUCUACUCCAUGGCCAGUAUUCUACCACAGGGGACGCUCUACAUGUUCACCAGCGAUCCCAUUCAAAUUGGCCUCGUCGCACUGCCGAAUGGUUUCGGCCAGCUGCUUUUUGGCGGCUGUCUUACAUUGCUGAUGGGAAAGAUCGGACACUUGAAGCUGCAGUUGAUCGUCUUGCUGACGCUUCAGACGCUUUUCAUCGCGGUGCUGGCUGCGACCAUCCCGGACAAUAAAACUGCUUGGUCGGCUUGUCAGUUCUUCGCCGUCGGACCGUUCACGCUGCUUACCCUCGUGUGCUAUGUGAUUGCCGGACUGAACGUCCCACUGCGACACAUAGGUCUGGCAUCCGGUCUGAUUGGUACAUCCCGCAGCGCCGGAGGCAGUCUCGGUAACGCCAUCUUCGCCUCCAUCCUCCGCGGCGUCGUCAACCCCCGCCUAGCGCCCUCAAUCGCCCGCGUCGGCCUCGCCGCCGGCCUCACCCCCGAGGAUCUCCAGACGUUCAUCCCAGCCGCCAUCACCCAAAACCUCGGCGUUCCCGGAUCAUACGCCGCGCUCCCACAAGUCAGCCCAGCGCUGCAAGACGCCGCGAACCAGGCGAUCCGCGAUGUGUACGCUGUUGGGUUCCGGCGGGUGUUUUAUGCGACUAUACCGUUUGGCGUGCUGGCGAUUGUGUGUGCGUGUUUCAUCACGGAUCCGUCGAUUUAUCUUACGAAUCAUACUUCUGUGCAUAUGGAAGGGGAGGGAAGGGAGCAUGGGGCGAAGGGGAAGGGGGAGGAUGGGUGA